UUUAUUGGACAGAAAAACAAAAUAAAAACAUCAGAAACAAACAAAUGUCAGAUAGGAAGAGAGAAGCUUCGUGUUCGAUUAGCAUGUUCCAUCUCUAAAACACUCCUUACUCCUUAAUUCCUUCUCACACAAUCAACAUAUCACCCUCUAGGGUUAUUCUUAGGCUUUUCUAAUUCUUGACAAAACCAGUGAUGAACGUCCUCAAACAAUGCAUGGAUUCUCAACUGUUGAUGGCUUUGUGGAUAUAACUGAGUGUUUGGCAGAGAUGAUUAAGUACGUCGCAAAUGAACCCUCACUAGGGCUUUUCUAUGUUCAGCAGCACACUCAAAAUGCAGUGCCUGCUGUAAUUCAGCUCAGAAACAAUGUUGUAGAGAAGUCUCAUGAAACAACUUUGCACACUGAAGAUUCAGAGGAUUCAAUAACCAUGGUGAGAUCAAUGAAAGAAUGUGGAUUCCCCAUUGCAGAUGAGAUGAUCAGAGAUAUAAAGAAAUCUUUGUUGAUCAUGUCUACUAAACAACCAAGAAGAGGGUUGAUCCAUGACUCUAGAUCAAGUUUUCAGGCAGAAAAGACAAGCUCUUGGGGACCAGCCAAUUGGGGUUGUCCGGGGGUUUAUGACCAGCUAGACGGUGAAAAAAGUGGCUAUCUUUCAACUGUAUUUAAAUCUGCUAGGAAGAAAGCUAGUAACAUAAAGUGGCCACAACUUGAUUCUGGAGAGUCGCUGCAGAGCAAGGAUGACAAGUUGAUGCUCUAUCCAAGCCGGUCUUUAUCAGUUGAGUCUGCUGCUAGCACUAGUUCAUCUCAGCCAGAUGUGGAAGCUGAUGAACUGCCCUUGUCAAGUAAGAUUACAGAUGAAUCACAAGAACAAAUAGACGCUACUUCACCGUCUCCUAAUUUGGUACCACAGUCAGAGGACUUCGACGAGUUCAAGGCUGUUAAAGCAGCAAAACUAGAGGAGUGGUUAGAAAGGAAUAGCAACAUGGAUAAUCAGAAAGGUGCUAGUGAUUGAGAAGCAACUAAACUUUGAUAUUCUGUGAUAGCUUUAUAUUUAUGGAAAUUUUACAUAAACAUACCAAUUGAAAAAAUAUAUUUUAAUAUAAUGUUAAAUGUUAAUAAUGUGAUGUCUUUUCAAAUUUAAAUUACUAUGGUUGGGUUUUCUAAUCAUUACUCAUUUUGUUGUGUAAUUUGAUUUUAGCCUUUGUUUAUUUAAUAUAAUUGAAAUAUGUGUAAAUGUAUAUACACACUAUAUAAUAUGUAUUUAUUUAUAUGUAUUCCAUU